AUGGAGAGCGUUCAUAAAUCUUUUCUUCUAAUUGUAGCAAUCUUUUUAAUUGUGUUCCAGAGUACAACAACUACAACACAAGGUACAAGAGAACUUCUGGAAAAGAAAGAAGUCCACGAUGAGCACAUCAGGGUAGCCGUUAAAGACCAAAAAGGGGGAGUUGUGACAGAAGGACAUGAAGACGGAAAAUAUGGUGGAGGAUAUGGGCAUGGUUAUGGUAGUGGUUCAGGAGGAGGUGGUGGUGGUGGUGGAGGUUCAGGUUCUAAAGGACAAGGAGAUGGCAGACAUGGAAAAGGCGAGGUGGAGGGGACUCUAUACCCUGUAUAUCUAUAUUUCAAUAAAAGGAAAUAA